CAGCCAGGCAGAAUUUUGUGGUUUCUGUUCAAGUUCCAUGGAUGGCGAGGCGUGCUGUGAUCCGUUCAUCCCUGUUGUCCCCUCCCAGUUAUUAUGAAGCGGUACAUGAUGGGCGUGGACCUACAAGUCCUGAGUAUCCUUUCUUUAGUGGCUGGUACCACUACUUGGGUCAGGAACCUCUUUCAUACAAGCGACGUGGAGGCAUUGUGGAUCAACGUGAUAUCAUCAUGGCCCAUCAGGCCCACAAAAUCCACAACACACCACAGGCAAAGCGGAAGGAGUGGGAGAUGGCUCGGUUUGGAGAUGAGGUGCCAGCCCGCUAUGGGGCAGGAGGUUCAGGGGGAGCUGGCUCUGGAACAGCAGGCGGCGGAGGUGGCCGGGGUGCUGGGGGCGUUCGGCAAGGUGGUCCCCCAGGGGCCCAGAGGAUAUAUAAACAGUCGAUGGCCCAGCGAGCCCGUACCAUGGCACUCUACAACCCCAUUCCUGUUCGGCAGAACUGUCUGACUCUCAACCGCUCCCUCUUCCUCUUCAGCGAAGACAACGUGGUGAGGAAAUACGCCAAAAAGAUCACCGAAUGGCCUCCUUUUGAAUACAUGAUUUUAGCAACUAUCAUAGCAAACUGCAUUGUCCUUGCUCUGGAGCAACAUCUACCUGAUGGAGACAAGACACCAAUGUCAGAACGAUUGGAUGACACUGAACCAUACUUCAUUGGAAUAUUUUGUUUUGAGGCUGGAAUUAAAAUUAUUGCCUUAGGAUUUGCUUUCCACAAGGGAUCCUACCUAAGGAAUGGGUGGAAUGUGAUGGAUUUUGUGGUGGUUCUCACGGGCAUCUUGUCAACAGUUGGUACCGAAUUUGACUUGCGGACUUUGCGAGCAGUUCGUGUACUCCGACCGCUAAAGUUAGUGUCAGGAAUCCCAAGUUUACAAGUUGUCCUUAAGUCCAUAAUGAAGGCCAUGAUACCUCUGCUACAAAUUGGCCUCCUCCUAUUUUUUGCAAUCCUUAUUUUUGCAAUCAUAGGGUUAGAAUUUUAUUUGGGGAAAUUUCACACCGCCUGCAAGGAUAUUCAUACAGAUGAAAUCAUGCAAGAAGCUCCAUGUGGGAAGGAAUCACCAUCACGCCUCUGCCCUAAUGGGACUGAGUGUAAAGAAUACUGGCAAGGACCCAACUACGGGAUUACACAGUUUGAUAACAUCCUUUUCGCUGUGCUGACUGUCUUCCAGUGUAUCACCAUGGAAGGGUGGACUAACCUCCUCUAUUAUAGCAACGAUGCCUCAGGGAGUGCUUGGAACUGGCUAUACUUCAUCCCUCUCAUCAUCAUUGGAUCCUUUUUUAUGCUCAACCUUGUACUGGGGGUGCUUUCCGGGGAGUUUGCCAAAGAAAGGGAGCGAGUAGAAAACCGGCGUGCAUUUCUGAAGCUGAGAAGACAACAGCAAAUUGAACGGGAGCUCAAUGGCUAUAUGGAAUGGAUCUCCAAAGCAGAAGAAGUUAUCCUGGCUGAAGAUGACAUAGAAGGAGAGCCUCGUCAUCCCUUCGAUGGAGCUCUUCGGAGGGCCACCAUCAAGAAAAGCAAAACAGACUUGCUGAACCCAGAGGAAGCAGAUGACCCACUGGCAGACAUCUCUUCAGUAGGUUCACCUUUUGCUCGAGCCAGCAUCAAAAGUGUCACGCUGGAAAAUGCUACUUUUUUUCACAAAAAAGAACGGAGAUUGCGUUUCUAUAUCCGUCGUAUUGUCAAAACUCAGGCCUUUUACUGGACAGUCCUCAGUCUGGUAGCUCUCAACACUUUGUGUGUUGCUAUAGUACAUUACAACCAGCCAGAUUGGCUAUCUGACUUCCUCUACUAUGCAGAAUUCAUUUUCUUAGGGCUCUUUAUGUCCGAAAUGUUUAUAAAAAUGUAUGGGCUUGGAACGCGGCCUUACUUUCAUUCAUCUUUCAACUGCUUUGAUUGUGCUGUUAUCAUUGGGAGCAUCUUUGAGGUCAUUUGGGCUGCAAUAAAGCCUGGCACCUCCUUUGGGAUAAGCGUCUUACGAGCUCUCAGGUUACUGCGUAUUUUCAAAGUCACAAAGUACUGGGCUUCCCUACGAAACCUAGUGGUAUCUCUACUGAACUCCAUGAAGUCCAUCAUCAGCCUUCUUUUCCUCCUUUUCCUCUUCAUAGUCGUUUUUGCCCUUUUGGGAAUGCAACUCUUUGGGGGCCAGUUCAAUUUUGAUGAUGGAACCCCGCCAACCAAUUUUGACACUUUUCCAGCAGCAAUAAUGACGGUAUUUCAGAUUCUGACUGGUGAAGACUGGAAUGAAGUGAUGUAUCAUGGUAUCCAAUCUCAGGGCGGUGUUGAUAAAGGAAUGAUGUUCUCAAUCUAUUUCAUAGUCCUGACCUUGUUUGGUAACUACACUUUGCUCAAUGUGUUCUUGGCUAUUGCUGUGGAUAAUUUGGCCAAUGCACAAGAGCUCACCAAGGAUGAACAAGAAGAAGAAGAAGCAGCUAACCAGAAACUUGCCCUCCAGAAGGCAAAGGAAGUAGCAGAAGUGAGUCCUCUUUCUGCAGCCAACAUGUCAAUAGCAGUUAAAGAGCAGCAAAAGAAUCAAAAAGGCAACAAAUCAGUUUGGGAACAGCGGACAACUGAAAUGCGGAAACAGAAUUUGCUGGCAAGUAGAGAGGCCCUAUACAAUGAGAUGGAUCCUGAGGAUCAUUGGAAAGUUACAUACGCCCGACAAAUGCGUCCAGAUAUGAAAACUCACUUAGACAGACCACUGGUGGUAGAUCCUCAAGAAAAUCGAAAUAACAACACCAACAAGACACGUCCCAGUGAGCCACCUCUGAAUCCCCACUUUGGGCAGCAACGGUCUGUGGAAUUCCUACGAAAACCACCCCGUUACCAUGCACAUUCACGAGAACCCCACCUGUAUGAGCGUCCCAACUCAGGAAGCUUGGAGCCUCGACACUCAAGGAGCAAUAGCAAGGAAAUUGAUUUUAAUCAAGAAAGUAGAUGUCAUGAUAUUGAUUAUCCCAGCAAGGAGCAUAGUGUCAUUCCAGAGCAGGGUUAUCAUGGUGACUGUGCCUCAGAGCGCAUCAAAAAUUUAGAUCCCCACCGCUGGCGCCAAAGUAGCAAAGAAAGUCAGAGUGGAUCACCUCGUAUGGUAGAUGGUGAACGGGAGCACCGGCGGCAUAGAGCACACCGCCGAACACCAGAUGAAGGAAGUGGUGAACAGAGUGGCAGAGUUGAGCGUCGCCCUCGGCAUCGUGAGGGGAGCAGGCCUGUACGAACUGACAUGGGUGGGGAACAUCCUGAUGGAGAAAGACGCCGACGACACCGGCAUGCUGGACAGUCUACUUAUGAAGUUGACGGCAAGGAACGUCGACACCGGCGCAGGAAAGAAAACCAAGGAUCUGGUCAUCCACCAGGACCAAACCUAUCUACCACAAGGCCAAUCCAGCAAGAUAUGGGACGUUUAGAACCUCCAGUAUCUGAGGAUAUUGACAACAUGAAGAACAAUAAAUUGGCAACCAAUGAAACUUCAAACUCACAUCUCAUCGGUCAUUCUCAGAAUGAUCCUAUCAAAGGAGGAAACCACUCAAAUUUCACACCACACUGCACAUCCCAAAAUCAAUCUAUUCCUUUGGACCAACCAUUUCUCAACUCUCAGAAUUCUACCAGUCGCCAAACCCCCAAUAACCCUGCCAAUCCAGCCAGUCCUGGAGCUCCUAAAAAUCCAGAGAACAGCCUUAUUGUCACUAAUCCCACAACCCAAAACAAUCCACCCAAAACUGCCAAGAAAUCAGAAUACACAGCAGUGGAGAUUCCACCUGUCUUCCCACCUCCAAUCAAUAAUGCUAUAAUGCAAGUCAAUAAGAAUGCCAAUCCAGAGCCUCUGCCAAAGAAAGAGGACGAGAAAAAAGAGGAAGAUGAUGAUGAGGGAGGUGAAGAUGGCCCCAAGCCUAUGCCACCAUACAGUUCUAUGUUCAUCCUCUCAACCACUAAUCCUUUUCGGCGCCUCUGUCAUUACAUUGUCAAUCUGCGCUACUUUGAGAUCUGCAUUCUGAUGGUGAUUGCCAUGAGCAGCAUAGCAUUGGCUGCUGAAGAUCCUGUACAGCCAAGUGCUCCUCGUAACAAUGUUCUUCGUUACUUUGAUUAUGUCUUCACAGGUGUCUUCACAUUUGAAAUGGUUGUUAAGAUGAUUGAUUUAGGACUGAUCCUUCAUCGGGGCUCUUAUUUUCGGGAUCUGUGGAACAUCUUGGAUUUCAUUGUAGUCAGUGGAGCAUUAGUGGCAUUUGCCUUCACGAGCAGCUCACGAGGCAGUAAAGGGAAAGACAUCAAUACCAUUAAAUCCUUACGUGUCCUUCGUGUCCUCAGACCCCUCAAAACUAUCAAGCGGUUGCCAAAGCUCAAGGCUGUCUUUGACUGUGUGGUGAAUUCACUCAAAAAUGUCCUCAAUAUUCUCAUUGUAUACAUGCUCUUCAUGUUCAUCUUCGCUGUGGUUGCUGUCCAGCUCUUUAAAGGCAGGUUCUUCUACUGCACUGAUGAAUCCAAGGAGUUUGAAAAGGACUGCAGAGGCGAAUAUUUAGUCUACGAGAAGAACAAUGAAGUGAAGGCUGAGAGACGAGAGUGGAGGAAAUAUGAUUUCCAUUAUGACAAUGUGCUAUGGGCACUGCUUACCCUUUUCACUGUGUCUACAGGAGAAGGUUGGCCAGAUGUUCUUAAGCACUCAGUGGAUGCUACAUAUGAGAAUCAGGGGCCCAGCCCCGGUUAUCGCAUGGAGAUGUCCAUCUUCUAUGUGGUUUAUUUUGUGGUCUUCCCAUUUUUUUUUGUCAACAUUUUUGUGGCCUUAAUCAUCAUCACUUUCCAAGAGCAAGGGGACAAGAUGAUGGAGGAAUACAGUCUGGAGAAGAAUGAGCGAGCUUGCAUUGAUUUUGCUAUCAGCGCCAAGCCACUAACCCGACACAUGCCUCAGAACAAGCAGAGCUUUCAGUACCGUAUGUGGCAGUUUGUAGUUUCCCCUCCUUUUGAAUACACCAUUAUGGCCAUGAUUGCCCUAAACACCAUUGUCUUAAUGAUGAAAUUCUACAAUGCAACAAAUCUUUACGAUAAUUUACUAAGGAUGUUCAACAUUGUCUUCACUGCCCUGUUCUCCUUGGAAUGUAUUCUGAAAAUCAUUGCCUUUGGAGUGCUGAAUUAUUUCCGUGAUGCCUGGAAUAUCUUUGAUUUUGUCACAGUUCUGGGUAGCAUCACAGACAUCUUAGUGACAGAGUUUGGGAACAACUUCAUCAACCUGAGUUUCCUUAGGCUGUUUCGAGCUGCCCGUCUCAUUAAGCUGCUCCGACAGGGCUAUACCAUCCGCAUCCUGCUCUGGACCUUUGUCCAAUCGUUUAAGGCCCUUCCAUAUGUGUGUUUGCUGAUUGCAAUGCUGUUUUUUAUCUACGCCAUUAUAGGAAUGCAGGUUUUUGGCAAUAUUAGCAUUAAACAUGAUGAGGAUAUUCCUGAGGAUGACUUGCCUGCCAUCACCGAGCACAAUAAUUUUCGCACUUUCUUUCAAGCUUUGAUGCUUCUUUUUAGAAGUGCCACAGGUGAGGCUUGGCAUGAGAUCAUGCUCUCUUGUCUAAGUGGAAAACUCUGUGAUGAAAAAGCAGAUCUCAAAGGAUAUCAGUGUGGCAAUGAGUUUGCAUACUUCUAUUUUGUUUCCUUCAUUUUCCUGUGUUCUUUCCUGAUGUUGAACCUUUUCGUGGCUGUCAUCAUGGAUAAUUUUGAAUAUCUGACCCGUGACUCCUCUAUUUUGGGGCCCCACCACCUGGAUGAGUAUGUUCGUGUGUGGGCUGAGUAUGACCCUGCGGCCUGUGGCCGAAUUCAUUAUAAGGAUAUGUACAGUUUAUUACGUGUAAUAUCUCCCCCCCUGGGCUUAGGCAAGAAAUGCCCUCAUAGGGUUGCUUGCAAGAGAUUACUGCGUAUGGACUUACCUGUGGCAGAUGACAACACGGUCCAUUUCAAUUCUACCCUUAUGGCAUUGAUCAGAACUGCCCUUGACAUCAAGAUUGCCAAAGGGGGGGCUGACAAACAGCAGAUGGAUGCUGAGUUGAGAAAAGAAAUGAUGGCGAUCUGGCCCAACCUAUCCCAGAAAACUCUAGAUCUUCUGGUCACCCCUCAUAAAUCUACUGACCUGACAGUGGGGAAAAUCUAUGCAGCCAUGAUGAUCAUGGAGUAUUACCGCCAGAGUAAGGCUAAGAAGUUGCAGGCCAUGAGGGAGGAGCAGAAUCGGACACCACUUAUGGUCCAGCGCAUGGAACCACCUUCUCCAUCCCAAGAAGGUGGCCAAGGACAAAAUGCCCUUCCUUCCUCUCAACUGGAUCAAGGAGGUGGAAUGAGUGUACUAGAAGGAGGAAUGAAGGAAAGUGAGUCAUGGGUCACGCAAAGAGCGCAGGAGAUGUUCCAGAAGACAGGAACCUGGAGCCCAGAGCGGGGGCGAUUAGAGGAAAUACCCAAUAGCCGGACCAAUUCCCAGUCUGUAGAGAUGCGGGAGAUGGCAAAAGAUGGCUACUCAGAUAGUGAUCAGUACUUACCCAUGGAGGGCCACGGAAGAGCUGCCUCCAUGCCACGAUUGCCUGCUGAAAACCAGAGGAGGAAGGCGCGACCGCGAGGGAAUAAUCUCAGUACCAUUGCCGAUACAAGUCCCAUGAAACGCUCUGCCUCCAUGUUGGGCCACUCACGUUCCAAAGGUACACGCAUGGAUGAUUACUCUCUAGAAAGAGUAAUUCCAGAGGAUGGCCAGCGACAUCACCGCCGACGGGAGCGGACCCACCGUACAUCAGAACGUUCACUGAGUCGAUACAUUGAUGUGGACACAGGUCUGGGUACAGACCUCAGUCUGACUACACAGUCAGCUGACCUACCUCCGAAAGAAAGGGAUCAAGAGCGAGGCAGGCCUAAGGAUCGGAAGCACCACCACCAUCACCACCACCACCAUCACCAUCACACAUCUUCUGACAAGGAGCGAUAUUCACAAGAGAGGCAUGAAUAUAGCCGGCCUCGAUCCAGAGAUCGACGUUGGUCCCGUUCACCCAGUGAAGGCCGAGAACAUGUGCCUCAUAGGCAGGGCAGUAGUUCCGUAAGUGGGAGUCCAGUCCUCUCAACGUCUGGCACCAGCACCCCGAGGCGAGGACGCCGGCAGCUCCCACAGACCCCUUCUACACCCCGGCCACAUAUCUCCUACUCCCCCGUGGUCCGUAAGGCCAUCAACACAGGGGGCCAGCAGCAACCGCCGUCGGUGCACCCCAGCCGAAUAUCCAGCCCAGCCCCUCGGCGCUACCCCUCGCUGCCUGCCGAGCACCACGUCUCCGAGCGGCGCAGCCGGUCUCCGACUAUGGAGCGACACACUGUCCCGCCGCGAAACGAUUCACCUCGUGGCUACCGCCAUGCUAGUAGCCGGUGGUCAGUGCCACACGUCUCUGAGCCCCCGCCGGGGCCUCGCCACGGCAGCGGUUACCACCGGAGUCGGGACUACGGCAGCCCCACCGGCGAGGAAGCCUUUCCCUACGAGGCCAUGCAGCAGCAGCAGCAGCAGCCGCCGCCGCCACUGCAGGGGAGCAGCUCAGGACGUUCGCCCAGAACUUCCCGGGUGGGCGGCGGCUCGUCCUCUCUCUCCCCCUACAGACACGGGCGACGGCUCCCCAAUGGAUACUAUCACUCACACGGACCAGCCAAGUCGCGCGGGACAGGGUCUCGCAAAGGACUGCACGAACCUUACAGCGAAACUGACGAGGACGACUGCUGCUAGCCUACAAGUGGCUUCACCCGACACGUGCGCGCAUGCGCCACACACGCACUCCACACACAGACCCCGAAGGGAGGAGAUUUUCCCCAGGUUGGAGGGGGGAAGGCGAGAGGAGGACGGAAAAGCGAAACGAACUGCCGGCCGAUGGCGGAAGAUAUCCCGGAGGAGAAUCCUGCAGUUGUUGGAGGGGGAAAAAACUUUUUAUCUUUUG